CAUCUCAAUAACAGUUUACUCAUAGGAUAGCAUUUUUCGUAAGUAAGUGUUCUAAAUCCUCCAACACCCACGUGCGGGCAAACGACGCAGCUGGCGUCGGGACGGCAAUGUCAGUUUAUUUCUGCGAUCGUGAAAAACGGUAACGAAUUGCUCAGAGUUGGGGUGCAGAUUCGAAGAACUUAGGUCAAGUAUAGGACAGUAACUCAAAAGAUGGCUCAUCAACCCAAACUAGUGAACAAACAGUUCAACUCCCCCAUAGGACUAUACUCACAACAAAAUAUACAAGAAGUUCUUGAUAGGGAUCUGCAAGUAUUAACGAAUGGAGGAGUAGGAAUAAAUUUUUACAAUCCAAAUGUAGGAAAACCAGCGAAUCUACACAAUUCCGCAGUCCUCAGAAUGAUUGAAGAAGAAAAGAGGCAUCAUAGUGGAUCCAUGAAAAGAGAAGGUGAUAUUGAGAACUAUUAUAAGCCCCAACGAAGGCAACCAAAAUGGCCCCCACCACAAAACGAACGAAAACGACGAUUUAGAUCAGCGUUCACAGAUGUCGUCAUCUCAGGAACGAAACGAAUUGCCUGGCCUCCAGUUGAGAACGAAGACGAAGAAGGAGUUCACACACAGGCCCAAAAACCUCCUUCCACUACACCGGUAAACUUCAAACGCCCUGAGUCAAAAACAACCUCAAUCUCUGGGACUGAUCGUCCAGUUUUGCAACCCUUGAAAAUCAUUUGUAACACCCCACCGGGUCAACAAUCACCAAGAUCACCUGCUUUGACACACAGCCCAAGAGGUUUCGGACAGAGUCCAUCUCCGAAGGGUUGGGCUCCUGUGCAUCCCCCCAUUAGUCCUAAAGGCUCUCCCGUAUCUGUGCCAUCAUACUCAAGCCCAGUGCAGUGCUAUUCGCCCGGUAAUCAAAAGCUGAAUUCACCUCAGAGAGCCCUCACACCUUGUCACAUACCAAACAAAGUGAAGGAACCUCCACCAACCACAAUCACACUGCGUCCACAAGCACCAGUCAGUCAAGCUUCCCCACCAGUCUUCACAUCUCAACCAGCCACGGCGACAUUAAAGGGUGGCAAGUGUCUGCGGGGGGACAUGAAAUGGCCUCCGGAGUCAGUGAAAAAGCAGGCUGAGGAGGAGAAUAGGCUAAGAAUGGAACUAGCGAGAGGACCGGUGUGCAGACCUAGGAAAGUUAACAAAGACUACUCAGGUUUCUUCGCACAACACGCCUUAAACUCGACAUAUCCAGGCUACAAACCCCCGCCAGGAACACAAUAUUAUGGAGAAUCGGACUACUGAUAUUAAAAUUAAUUUAAGCUUUCUCAUCGCUUUGUUUUAAUGCUAUGCAGUAUUGAUAAUAUCUAGUGAGGAAAAUUUCUGGAAUUGAAAAUGUUAAAGAGGGGCAACUUUUCAGCCAUAAAUGUAAAAAAUGCAAAUUUUGUUUUAAUGUUAGCUUUGCUUAUGUGUUGUAGUAACAUAAAUGUUGAAAGGUUGUUAACAUUUUCAAUUCGACAAAUAUCUGGAGCAAAGAUAAACGUGCUUUCAAGCAUAGCAGGACAUUUCAAUUUUUCACAUUCAGCUGAGUAUUACUAAUAGUAUUGUUGUGAAUUUCGAGAAUAUUCGCGAACUCAAAUACUCUUUGUAACAUAGCUUCUGUUAUAUUGUUAAUGUAAAGAUGAUCGGUAGUUUGAGGCAAAAAUAUCUGAAAUGUACUCACAUUUAAAGUAUAAUGCGAAAAAACCAUUUGUGGAGGUGUAAUGUGAAUGCAUCCUCCUAUUUUGUAACUGUUAUAAAAUAAUAAAAAGUGGCAGAUCUUUACUUCCAGUAAUCAUGUGCCUUAAAGGAA